AUGCCACGACGAAGGUCAGCUAUGAGUGUUCACUCUGACGCCAGUGACUUGGAUAUCGAUGGGAUCGCUGAAACAGAGAUGGGCAAACUGCAGAGACAGUUCCGCAUCAUGGAAGGAGAUCGGCAGGCCUACAGCAUCCAGGCACAGGAGCUCAUCCGCAAACAGCGACAGGAGAUUGAGAGUCUGCAUGCAGAGCAGGAGGAGCUGCAGCGCAGUCUGCAUGUGUCCGACAGCCAGUCACGCCGACACAGUGACAGCCAUGAUGCUCAGCAGUUGCGCACCCUGCUUGCCCAGAGAGACGAGUUGGAGGAGCAGCUAGAGAGAGAGAGACAGAGCCAAGCUGAGUUGGAAAAAGAGGUCCUCAGCAUGGAGAGGAAGCUGGCUGAGCUGAGGAAAGGGGAGAUCUACGCCUCUCUAACUCAGACAUCCCAGGUCCGUCAGACAAAGAAGACAACCAGCACUCUGGAAAACAAACUGGAUCUGGCCCUCAUUCGCUUCAAUGAGCAAUUGACCAAGAAUGGAUGUCUGAGAGAGGAACUGGAGACACUGCGUGUGGAGCGUGUCCGGUUUCAGCAGCUGCAUCGCAGACUGGAAAAGGAGUUGCAGGAGAUCCGGAGGGACAUUGGCAAUAUUAUUAACCUCUCUACAUCUGCAUAUGAGGCCAGGGUUGAGGCACAGUCUAAAAUGAACAUGAUGAAGGAGAAGGCAGUGAAAGACCUGGCACAGUACACUGUCGAGAUGAAAGAGUUGGAGAGAGUCAUUGCUCAUGAGCGUCGCCUCAAGGAGUUCAUGACCACCAAAUGCAACGAGAGGGCCAGCCAAGAUGAGGGCCAGGACCUAAGCCGUAGACAAGAGCUGAAAGAGCAGCGAAGAACAGACUCUGGGCAGGAAACGUUGGACACUCUGGAAGAAGUGUUCCAAAGAAUUCAAAAUGUUACAGGAGAGGAUGACUUGGACGUUUUGGUCACCAAGUUCAUCCAGGUUGAGGAUCGUAACUUUGCUUUAUUCAACUAUGUGAAUGAGCAGAACACAGAGGCAGAGACUCUGAGAGAUCAGAUAAAACAGACCAGAGAGGAGAUGGAGCAGUUCCAUUUGCAGGGGCUGCAGCAGGAGCAGGAACACCAUUCUGCUCUAAGAGAAGUAGAUGAGCAGCAGAGACAAACAGAGGCACAAGCUCAGGAAUAUGAGACACAGGCCAACGCCAUCGGCAAGAUCCUUGACCAGAUCAAGACGGGAGUAAGCACAGUAUUUGGUUUGCUGGAAUGCGACCGCUCCUUGGUGGAAGACAUGCUGGGCUCGUCGUCUGGGAUCAGGAACAGCAACAUUAUGGCCUAUCUGGGCCUGGUGGAGCAGAAGACCAAUGAACUGCUCACCUUGCAGGCCUUCAUCAACUCUAAGGACCUUGAGAAAGAUUACGAUCCAAAGGAUGUUGCUCGGAUCCUGCUAGGUCAGAGUCCAGAGCUCCACAGACAGACUGUUGUUAUCCAACCACCCAUUACAGGAGAUGAUUACAAUACAGAAGGGUCUCCACUCACUGAUGAAGAGGAGCGACCUUUGACCCAGGGGGAACUCCGCCAACGUGUCAUGAAAGGGGUCCUGCGUAAAGAGGGAGCACUGCGUCCAGGAGGAGUAAAGCUGUCCAAGAUCAGCAUGGUCUCCAGCAACAGACAACACUCCCCAGAGGCCUGA